AUGAUCCAACAAAACACUCUUCAAGCACAGAUCAAAUGGUUUGAAGAUUCCAAACCUUAUAUACCUUCUUCAAAUGUGUUGGAUCUCCUACUAAAAAAAUAUCCUAAUCAAACAGCUCCCAAUGUUGUAACCACACUUGAAUCAAUAGAAAGUUCAAUAGAUAUACCCAGUGUUAAUUCCGUUGAAACCAAUACAUCAAAUGGAAGACCUAAUUCUGGCCAAACUAUUGGCGAUAUGAGACCACCAACGAGACUCGCACCUGAACCAACAUCCAUACCGUCCCUGCAUAACAAAAGUUCUAAUACCCCCCAACAGCUGGUGAAUCAAGUGAAUCAGUCAAGAUUACCACUAACCAAAGAGAAAUCUAUAGUACAAAUAGCAUCAUCCGAAGUUGUAAUAAAUGACGAAGAUGUCAUUGAUUUAACUGAAAACAGUCCCAUUAGAAUGACUUCUACCAAGAAAAACACAGUACAACCUAAUACGCGAGCGAAGAUGGCUUCAACUGCUUUACUUCAAGAACUAGUUGAAGUUCAAGAGUCAAAGAUUAAGUUAUUAGAAGAAAGAUUUGCUAUUACCGAAUCAACACUGAUAUCCCAUGACAGCAAAAAGGAAAUGUACAAGAAUAAGUUUGAACCUCAAUUAAAAACAACAGAUGAAAGGAUAGCCCAGUUAAAGCUACAAAUACUUGAUCAAGAUGUCAAUGAGCAGGUAUCCACAUUCACCAGUUCUACACCUAUAUCUGCAAACAUAGUUAGCUCCACUCCUAUUAAUGCUCCACUACCACCAGUCCAAGAAGUGCCCGAUUCAUUAAAUUUACAAAAUCAUGAAAUUGAGCCACAAAUAAUACUAGAAAUGAGUAGUCCUAUAUUAUCACCAAUUGCUGAAGUACCUACUACUCCAGUACAUCAAUCAUUUGCCCAACCCCAACCCCAACCCCAACGUGCUUUACGAGAAAUUGACAACCGAAUCGAGGCCCGGCAAUUUGUCGAAAAUACAGAUCUUACUGAUGGUGAAGACAACUUUGGAGAAAUGACCAUGGAAGGACUUCUAACUCAAAGUCAAGAACGUGAUGAAGUUAAUGAUUUAGGCAGUUUUAUUGAAGAUGACGUUUCUGAAGAUGAGGACGACAGAUCAUUCCUUAAUGACUCUGAGUCUGACCUGACUGAUGUGGAUGAGAUCCAGGACGAUACACAAUUUGGUCUGACUGAUAUUAAUGUCAAACAGGAAGUUAUACCCUAUGAAAGUGGCGAUGAAGAUGAAGUUGAAGAAAUUGAAAAUUUCACCAUGAAUGAUGAAAGAGAAGUUGAUAUAAUCGAGGUACUUUCCGAUGAUGAAGAUGGUAAUGUCUUGGAAAUAGCAGAUGUUUAUAGCCAACCAGUAAAUGGAAGUGCCAAUAAUACCACCACCACUUCUAACCCAGUUGUCAGCAUUGAUAGUGAUUUUGAUGACCUGGACUUUGGAGAUGACGAUGAUGAAUUAUUAAAACUUUUGAAUGCAAGAGAUCAACCAGCAUCUCCUUUAGUGACUACGGUAAACAAAGAGAAUAUACCCCCAGAAGCAAGACCAUUCAUUGACGAGAUUUAUCAUGUUUUAAAUAAUGUUUUCAAAUUGAAUUCCUUUAGAUCUAAUCAACUUGAAGCUGUCAUUGCCAGUCUAUUACGAAAAGAUGUGUUUGUGUUGAUGCCCACUGGAGGUGGUAAAUCACUUUGUUAUCAAUUGCCUGCUCUUGUAAAAGGCGGGUUAACCAAGGGAACAACCGUUGUUAUAUCACCACUUAUUUCGCUUAUGCAAGAUCAAGUACAUCACUUAGAGAAAUUGAAUGUUAACGUCCGGAUGAUUAAUUCUAAAGGUACCGCCGACGAAAAAAGACAUACUAUGCACUUGUUUCGGGAAGGUUUACUAGAUAUAGUAUAUUUAUCGCCAGAAAUGGUGAUUAAAUCCGCCAUGUUUCAAAAGGUCAUUGAAAAGUUGUAUAAUGAAGGUCAGUUAGCCAGAGUUGUCAUUGAUGAAGCUCAUUGUCUUAGUUCUUGGGGUCAUGAUUUCCGUCCAGAUUAUAAAGGUAUGGGCUUAUUUAAAACAAAGUUUCCAAAUGUUCCAGUAAUGGCACUUACUGCCACUGCCAAUGAAAGAGUAAGAGCUGAUGUCAUAACCCAUUUAAAUUUAAACAAUCCGGUUUUCUUUAAACAAAGUUUCAACAGAACUAACUUAUUCUAUGAAGUUCAAUGGAAAAAUGCUAAUCAUUUGGAUGUGAUCAAAGAUUACAUAUUUCGGAAAUUUAAAAAUAAAACCGGGAUUAUUUAUUGUCACUCAAAACAAUCUUGCGAACAAACAAGCCAACGGUUGAAUCAACUUGGUUUACAUUCUGCAUAUUACCAUGCAGGUAUGAGUUCAGAGGACAGAAUUGAAGUUCAAACCCAAUGGCAAGAGAAUAAAGUUUAUGUAAUUUGUGCCACCAUUGCAUUUGGUAUGGGAAUUGAUAAACCUGAUGUGAGAUUUGUUAUUCAUUUGUUUAUACCUCGAAGUUUAGAAGGAUACUACCAAGAAACUGGUAGAGCAGGACGUGAUGGGAAACCUUCGGAAUGUCUCAUGUUUUUUAAUACUCGUGAUGCUCAUCAUCUCCGAAGUAUGAUUAUUCGAGAUAAAAGUUUAAACAAAAUGAGUCGAGAAAGUCAUAUGGUUAAGUUGAAACAAGUGGUUCAAUAUUGUGAGAAUGUCAUUGAUUGUCGUCGUAAACAAGUUUUGCAUUAUUUUAAUGAAACUUUUGAUCCAAAACUUUGUCAUCAACAAUGUGAUAAUUGUCGAAAUUCAGGUUCAACUACUAGUUUUGAAAAGGAUUUCACGACCAAUGCUGCUGAUAUUAUCCGCCUUGUACAGUCAUUUCAAGGGUUUGAUGUUACUCGUUUACAUUGUGAAGAUGUUUACAAAGGAUCAAGAAGUAUGAAAAUUACAUCCGUGGGCCAUGAUCAGAAUCCAUACCACGGUAAAGGUGAACUGUUGGAUAAGACUGAAAUAGACAGAUUGUUCUUUUAUUUGUUGUCAGAGAAGUGUUUGGAUGAAUAUUUACGUUCACCUGGUGGAUUUCCUGUGAGUUAUAUUCAAUUGGGAAAACAUGCUAAUGAUGUAUUGACUGGCGCGAAAAAGAUUAAGAUGCAAUGCACUUCUGGUCCUUCUCGUAACUUGGGGUAUAAUUCUGCAGGUCAAACAAAUCGAAACCCAACUUUGAAAGCAAGUAAUGGCAAUGCACCAGCUAAUGGUCUUAAUGGGUUUAGAUAUCAAGGAUCAUUUACUACAGCUCGAGAAAUGUCCAAUAUUGACUUGCCCAACAAUAAUUUCAGUUCAGGAAUAUCUCGAGAAGAUUUACCUCAUAUCGAAAAGAGUUUUCAAGAAUUGAGUCAUAUUCGACUGAAUGCGCUGGUUCAAGUGGGUAUGAGGAAUCAACUUUUAAUUUCUGAUAACACCUUAAAGGAUAUGCUGAGGAAUUUACCAACCAACAAGAAAGAUUUCUCCAAGUUAAUUGGUAUUUCCAGAGAACAAACGGAAUAUUUCCACUAUUUUAAGAAAGACUUGGCGCGAUUAGCAAGGGAAAGAAAGAAGAAUUCAAGUCAAUCACUGACAACAUCUCCUGGUCAAACAAAAUCAACAGCAGUUUACAACACAACUUCUACAGAUACAACUUCUCCCUUUUUUAAGAAGACUUCUAGAACUUAUCAGUCAUCAACAAGCCAAAAACGACAACGAAGAUCAAGUCAAAAUUCUCAAAGAAAGAGAUUUAAGAGUAAAAAUAGUACCCAAAAAAGUACAUCUUCAAGGAGUACCAUUCAAGCUAUGCCGUUGUAG